AUACUUAUGUAAAUAAAGAGCUUUUUUGACAUAAAAAUUUAGGUUAGUACAUCCUAACCUUACUAAAAUUGUCUCAGUAUGUUUAUUUUCAAUUGGAAAUAAAAUGAAUACUGGACUAAUGCUUUUUAAUAAAACUCGAGGUUGUGCUGGGUUCUCUAGAAUUUCAAAUUCUGUUAGAAGGAAGGCAAUAGUUGCAGUUGAUGAGAAGAAAAAAAAUACGUUUUUCAUCACUACACCAAUUUAUUAUGUGAAUGCAGAUCCGCAUAUCGGUCAUUUGUACAGCUCUGUUAUAGCAGAUUGUAUAGCCCGAUGGCACCUGCUUUGUGAUAAAGGCACUGAAAUUAAAUUCAGCACAGGAACUGAUGAACAUGGAUCAAAAAUUCAACAAGCUUCAAAUGCAAAUGCUCUGUCCCCUAUACAUUAUUGUGAUAAAAUUGCAGAAAGUUAUAGAAACCUUGCGGAAUGUUUCAAUAUCAAUUAUACAGAUUUUACAAGAACAACGGAUGCUAAUCACAUAAAAACAUUGAAAAAGUUCUGGAAUGUUCUUCAGAAGAAAAAUUAUAUCUAUUCGGCAGAUUAUGAAGGCUGGUACUGUGUUUCUGAUGAAACCUUUCUAACUUCAUCACAGUUGAAGGAAGUAGAAGAUAAUAAUGGAAAGAAAAUAUAUAUUUCACAAGAGAGUGGUCAUCCUGUCGAAUGGACUAAAGAAACAAAUUAUUUAUUCAAGUUGAGUGAAUUUCAAGAAGAAUUGAUUCGCUGGUUGCAAAAAAAUGAAGUAGCAGUCAGACCAAGGAAAUUCCAGAAAAUCUUGUUAGAUCUUCUGUCAAGGGAAAAAUUACCCGAUCUGUCUGUUUCACGACCAUCCUCGCGAGUUAGUUGGGGCGUAACAGUUCCUUCUGACAAAUCCCAGACAAUCUACGUCUGGCUGGACGCACUUGUGAAUUAUUUAACAGCGGCAGAAUAUAAAACGAAUAACGGCAAGUUCGAGGAGAAUUGGCCUCCUGACAUUCAGGUUAUUGGAAAAGACAUUCUUAAAUUCCAUGGGAUCUAUUGGCCCGCCUUUCUCAUGGCUGCUGAUCUGGAACUACCUCGUACUUUACUUUGUCACUCCCACUGGACUGUUGGUUUGGAAAAGAUGUCAAAAUCCAAAGGGAACAUAGUCGAUCCCAUCAAACGAUCAGAGGUCUUCACCGCUGAUGGUCUUAGAUAUUAUUUGCUUCGAGUUGGAGUAGCACACAGUGAUGGAAAUUAUAAUGAUUCCAAAGCAAUUCGUGUACUCAAUGCUGAAUUAGCUGAUACCCUUGGCAAUCUGUUGAAUCGUUGUACUGCCACUGUUUUGAAUCCCAAUCAAGAAUUUCCAAAGUUAAACAGAGAAGUUCUCGAGGAAGUCAAGAAAUUAGAUGUUGCGAAGACACUGAUAGAAAAUGUAGAGAAGCUGCCAUUUAUUUGUGAGGCACACUAUAAUGAAUUUAAGAUUUAUAAGGUAGUGGAUGCUGUCAUUGCUACCUUGCAUUCUGCAAAUUUGUUCUUCGAAACAAUGAAGCCAUGGGAACUUAAAAAGUUACCAGAGGAAAAAGAAACACUAGAUGUCGUUCUACAUUUAACAAUGGAAACUCUUCGAGUAUCAGGCAUUCUUCUUCUUCCUGUAAUACCUCACUUAUCUUCGAAGCUACUCAGUAAAUUGAAUAUUCCAGAAAUAUCGCACAAUUUGGAGAGUGUAAAAACUUUUUCGUGGAAUAAUAGUGAUUUUAAUAGUAUAAAGUUGUUACCUGAAAAAGUUAUGUUAUUUAGAAGGAUAUUACUUGAAAAUAAACCUAAAAUGAAGAUUUCUCAAUAGUA